AUGGUUAAGUAUUCCUGGGUUUCAGCAGGUGGAGAGCGCAGUAACCAGAGUUACAUACAGAUUAACGAAAGUAGCAAGAAUUGGACUGAGGCUCAGAGAUACUGCAGAGAGAAACACACAGACCUGGUCAGUGUGAGGAACCAGACUGAGAACGAGGAGGUAAAGCGCUUGAUACCAGACAAUAAAUGGGUGUGGAUCGGCCUGUACAGAGACUCCUGGAAGUGGUCCGACCAGGAGAACUCUUCAUUCCGCAACUGGAGUUCAGGAGAACCUAAUAAUGCAGGAGGGCAGGAGAGCUGUGCUCAAGUGCAGUUAAAAGGGACUGAAAGAGGAGGAUGGAGAGAUGCUGCCUGCAAUGAGAGACUUCCUUUCUUCUGCUACAGCAGUGAGUUUAUCUACAGCCAUAAUCUGAUCCUGGUCCGUGAGAAUAAGAGCUGGAAUGAAGCCCUGAGCUACUGCAGACAGCACCAUGUAGACCUGGUCUCCGUGUCCACAGAGCAGCUCCAGCACUGGGUGGAGAGGAGGGCUCAGGCGGCCUCCACACCCUACGUGUGGCUGGGCCUGCGCUACACCUGCGUCCUGCACUUCUGGUUCUGGGUCAGCGGGGAGGGCGUCUGCUACCAGAACUGGGCUCCGGGGAACGGUACCGGGGAGUGUGGGAACACGGGGGCAGUAGAAUCAGGAGGGGGGCGUCAGUGGGUCAGCCUGCCCGAAACUGAGGAGCUGAACUUCAUCUGCAGCAACGCUACAGAGUGCUAG